GAAAUCAGUCACUCAAUAAAAUUCAAUGGAAUAGGGAGAAAACUACGCAACUUGUGUAAUUUAGAGAUAAAACGUUAUUUUGGUGUCUAAUUAUGAUAUGACAAAUCUAGUGAUAAACGGACAAUAGUGACGGUUAUAAGCAAUGGCUGAUUACAGUGCUAAAUGUUUGCACCGUUUUCUCCGAGCCUCCUUGGGAUUUCUGCUUCUGGUACAACUAGCGCAAUACGUACCCUUGGCGUCCGCCGAAGGUCACUGCACAUGGUACGGCGUGUGUGAAGCGCCGUACAACUGCGCUUACAAUGGCACGGGUAAACCUAUACAGGAAGAGACCAAGUGGGUCCUGGAGAAAUACUGCCCCGAAUACCUCGGCGGCAAUGUCUGCUGCAACGACGCUCAGCUGAAGAACUUCGCCGAAAAGAUCAAAACGGCCGAGUCGUUAGUGUCCAGGUGUCCCACGUGCUUCAACAACUUCUUGAAACAUAUCUGCGCCAUCACGUGCUCGCCGCAGCAGAGCGACUUCAUGGUCGCUAAGACAGUCGCACCCACCAAGGAUGGCACUGCACUUAAUGUUGUGGAGUUGGACUACUAUCUGUCAGCUACAUACAAGGAGGCCACAUACAACUCGUGCAAACAGGUCCAAAUGCCGUCAGCGAACAAGUUGGCAAUGGAUUUCCUGUGUCUGAAAUACGGCGCUGAGCGUUGCACGGCGCAGCGCUGGUUCGAAUUCAUGGGCACCAAGAGCCCCUUCGUGCCGUUCCAGAUAAACUACAUCGAGUCCGUGCCUAAUAAUAACUAUACUUUGUUCAAUCCGCCCACCCUUCCAUGCAGUGUCGGCCUUACUAAGGAUACCCCGGGAUGUUCGUGCUUAGACUGCGACGCCGCGUGCCCCGCGCCGCGCCCCGCGCCCGCGCCGCCCAAGCCCUUCAGCAUCCACGGCGCCGACGGCUACGCCGUCAUCAUGGCCAUCGUUUUUGUCAUCUUCACUUCGCUGUUCCUCAGCGGAGUCUGUUGCUGCAAUCAGCAGGAGAAUACUGUUGACGGCUGGCGCGGCGAGCGGCGCGGCGGCGGGCCCGAGACCAGCCCGCUACACAGCCACAGGUCCAGUGUGGCUUCAGACAAUGAGCAAGAGAUGGCCACCAACCCUCGCUCCAUCGACCAGCCUGAUGGUCUACAAGAAGCCACCUUCUUUGAGAAGCUGGGGGCGGACACGGAAACCAAAUUGGAGGACUUCUUCCAGUGGUGGGGCUACCAUAUGGCAUCUAAACCUUGGAUCGUGCUGUUUGCGGGUCUCUGCGUGGUUGUCGGCCUCGGCCAUGGUAUCUACUACAUGCAUGUCACAACCAACCCCGUCGAGCUUUGGGCCUCGCCGACUUCUCGGUCUCGCAUUGAAAGAGAAUACUUCGACUCUCACUUUGAGCCGUUUUACCGUACUGAAAUGGUCAUCAUCAGCGCGAAAGGUCUCCCGAAGAUAGAGUACACUGAUGAGUUCAAUGAGACCACGACGUUUGGUGCAGUGUUUAACUCCACGUUCAUGCUGGAGGUGUUAGAGUUGCAGAAGAAAAUUAUGGACCUCGGGAACAAGUCUCGACUCGAGAACGUGUGCUUCGCGCCGCUCGCGUCCGCCAUCCAGCCCGCCGUCACCGCCGACAAGUGCGCCAUCCAGAGCGUGUGGGGCUGGUUCCAGAACGACGAAGACAACUUCGAUACUGAUAACGACGCCUACUUGGGGAAGAUAUUGAAGUGCACGCAAAACGCAUACGACCCCGACUGCCUGUCCACGUACAACGGGCCCGUGCUGCCGGCGGUGGCGCUCGGCGGCUUCCUGGCGCCCGGCGAGCAGCUCACCGCGCAGGCGCGCUUCCACCACGCCUCCGCGCUCAUCCUCACCUUCCUGGUCAACAACAAGCACGACAAGGCCAAGUUGGGCCCAGCGCUCGAAUGGGAAAAAGACUUCAUCACCUUCAUGACGAACUACACCAAGAACGAGAUGCCGCCAUACAUGGACAUCGCUUACACCUCCGAACGGUCCAUCGAAGACGAACUGUUAAAGGAAUCACAAUCAGAUGUGUCUACUAUACUGGUGUCUUACUUCAUCAUGUUCGCGUAUAUUGCGAUAUCGCUGGGACGGUUCACUACGUGUGCGAGGAUGCUUAUUGACAGCAAGGUUACUCUUGGACUUGGAGGCGUCCUCAUAGUCCUGGCAUCUGUCGUAUGCUCCAUCGGCCUGUUCGGUUACGUCGGCGUCGCGGCCACACUGAUCAUCGUCGAGGUGAUCCCCUUCCUCGUGCUGGCGGUCGGCGUCGACAACAUCUUCAUCCUCGUGCAGACCGCGCAGCGCGAGCCCCGGAGGCAGGGCGAGACCCCGGCUCAGCACAUUGGCAGGACGUUGGGCCAAGUGGGCCCGUCCAUGUUCCUGACGUCCAUCUCGGAGUCGGUGUGCUUCUUCCUAGGCGCGCUGAGCGACAUGCCGGCCGUGCGCGCCUUCGCGCUGUACGCCGCCGUGGCGCUGCUCGUCGACUUCCUGCUGCAGGUCACCUGCUUCGUGGCGCUCAUGGCCAUUGAUACCAAGCGGCAGAACGCCAACAGAUUCGACGUGCUGUGUUGCAUACAAGGCAGCAAGGUGGACACGCCAGACGCAUACGACGGCCUGCUCUACAACCUGUUCAAACAUGUCUACGUACCCUUCCUCAUGAAGCGAGAAGUCCGAGCCUCCGUCAUGAUCAUAUUCUUCGCGUGGCUCUGCUCGUCUGUAGCUGUCGCACCCCACAUAGAAAUCGGUCUCGACCAAGAACUCUCGAUGCCCCACGACAGUUUCCAAACGAAAUACUUCCAACACCUUAACAAAUAUCUCAACAUCGGCCCACCAGUAUAUUUCGUGGUUACGGAAGGAACCAACGGCAUAGAUUAUUCGGACAAGGACAUACAGAAUAUGAUAUGCGGCACUAGAUUCUGUAACGAUGACAGCGUUUCUAUGCAGAUAUAUUCAGCGUACCGCACACAGAACGAGACGUACAUCGGUCAGCCGGCCAACUCCUGGCUCGACGACAUGUUCGACUGGUCGGACGGCGACAAGUGCUGCUUCCAGUACAAGAACGGCAGCUUCUGUCCUCACGACGUCGCCAUAAAGACAGGCAAUUGCGAGGCCUGCAACAUGUCGCUCGUGCCGCCCGAGCAACGUCCCAGCCCGUCCGACUUCGACCGCUACGUGUCGUACUUCCUCCGCGACAACCCGGACAGCGACUGCCCUAAAGGCGGCCACGCUGCCUACGGCCAAGCUGUCAAUUACAAGACAAGAUACAUAAACAAGACGGAAUCCAGCGAAGUCGGAGCCACAUACUACCAAACCUACCACACAGUCCUAAAAACAAGCUCCGACUACUACUCUGCCUUAAAAGCGGCGAGAAACGUAGCCGCCAACUUGACUUACACUAUUAAUUCUAAACUAAAAGAACAAGGGAAGAACACGACGGUGAAUGUGUUCCCGUAUUCUGUGUUCUACGUGUUCUACGAGCAGUAUUUGACGAUGUGGCCGGAUACGUUGAAGAGCAUGGGCAUUAGUGUGCUGUCUAUAUUUAUUGUGACGUUCAUUUUGAUGGGAUUCGAUCUCUUCUCGGCUUUGGUGGUAGUAAUCACGAUCACUAUGAUCGUAGUAAAUAUAGGAGGACUUAUGUACUGGUGGGGUAUUAGUUUGAAUGCAGUUUCACUAGUCAAUUUGGUGAUGGCGGUGGGCAUCGCGGUGGAGUUCUGCUCGCACCUGGUGCACAGCUUCAGCGUGUCGGCCGGCGCCUCGCGGGUCGCGCGCGCCGGCGCCGCGCUCACGCGCAUGGGCUCCUCCGUGCUCAGCGGCAUCACGCUCACCAAGUUCGGCGGCAUCAUCGUGCUCGCCACCGCCAACAGCCAGAUCUUCCAGGUGUUCUACUUCCGUAUGUACCUGGGCAUCGUGCUGUUCGGCGCGGCGCACGGACUCAUAUUCCUGCCCGUCAUGCUCAGCUAUAUAGGGUCCCCCGUCAACAAGCAGAAGCUAGCCAACCAGAUGCAGCGCGGCAAGGAGGCGGUCGCCGAGACGUCGCUCACGAGAGUUCGUCUCUAACCUCAUGGAAAUAAUGAACAAAUUCUUAAUUAUUAGUCAUCACUUUUCAAUGUAUUAUAUCCACAACUUUGAGUUUAUAUGAGAUUGUUUUGAUUUAUUCUAGUUGGCGCCCUCUAAGUUCCUAUUUAAAUAUUUAGGGAAUACAGCAAAUGUUGCUGUUUUAGAGAAUUUGAUCCAACACUGGAAUCUCCUACUUAAAAUUAGUACUUAAUUUAGAGGGAUUUUUUCCGCAAUAUCCAAAGGUAAUGGUAAUGUUAGUGAUGUACCGACCCACAUAUUGUGAUAGCAAUAAAUUAUGUUUUUCUAAUUA